AUGACGGUCCCGUCCACUCCUCCGCGCCCCCCCGCGUCGCCCAAGUUCCAGCUGCCUCCCACGACCGUCUCCCCGGGGCCUGGUGGAACGCGUCUGGAACGCGUCCUCGACCUCGUCACCUCGCACGAGGCGACCAUCGCGGAGAACGAGCUCCGGGUCCUCGAUCUGACCAAACGGGUGGCGGAGGCGGAGGAUGCGGCGCGCGCGCGACGCGACGAGGACCGCCGCGCGCGCGACGCGGCCGACGCCUCGCUGCGAGCCGAGCUCGCGGCCGUGAAGGAGGCGGUCCGGCGCGUCGAGCGCGACGUCGCGUCCUGGUCCGACGAACGCGACGCCCUUCGCGCCGAGGUUCGAGAUCUCGCGGACGGGUGCCGCGCCGACGCCGACGCCGCGCUCGAGGAGACCAAAGCCGGAUUCAAGGCGGUGCUCCAGGACGUCGUCGACAGGGUCGCCGCGUCCCUCGACGCCGUGCGCACCGACGCGGUGGCGACGCGCGGCAACUACGCAUCCGCGGAUGAGGUCGCGGCGCUGCGCGAACGCUUCGCCGCGGCGGAGAGCGCGGCGCGAGCGAAAGAGGCGCACGGGCGCGAGACCAUGAACGCCAUGCUGGACGCGAUGGAACAGAUGAAGCGUCGCACGGCGAAGCUCGUGGGUUUCUACAACGAGCAGCUGGAGGCGGCGGAGAGGCGGCGGGCGGCGGGGGCGGGCCCGUCGACGGAUUCGUUUGGUUUUUCGAGCGGACGGAGCGGGGAUCGCUCGGAUCAAACCGGCGAGCUCGCGCGGCUGCUCGAGGAGAACGCGUCGCUGCGGGAGCAACUGGCGAGGGCGUCGUCGUCGAGGCCGGGGCAUCAUCGGGCGGCCGUCGAGGAGGCGGCGUUGGCGUGCGGGUCGGUCGAGGAGGCGGUGCGACGGACGGGUUCGUUCGAUUCCCUCGACGGCGACGGAGCCGACGCGAAGCUGACGCGGAGCAUCCGGGACAGCAUCGGCUCCGUGAACGGAUGCUGA